GCCAUUCCUCAAAGAGGAGCCUUGCGCGCAACGAGGAGGAGGAGGAGGAGGAGGCGUCCUUAGGGGCUCCUGCAGCUGCUGCAGUGGAGGACUAGUCCUGGAGCCCUUUGGCCCUGCGCCCUGGACGGCUGGGGCUGAGGAUGGAGCAGCCGGGCCCCCAGAGCCUCCACCACCCCCAGCAGCCCCAGCCCCAUCCUUCUCCUCCCCGGGGCCCCGAGGAUCGCCCCCGCUCGCCCACGGUGACCACCACCGCCUCCUCCGCCUUCACGGCCAACUUCUCCUCCACCUCCAGCACCCUCGCCUACGACAAGGACUUCCUCCGGACCCUCCCCGGGCUCCUCAUGCUGGCAGAGAUUAUAUUAGGAUUGCUGGUAUGGACACUAAUUGCUGGAACAGAAUACUUCUUGUAUCCUGUCUUUGGUUGGGUAAUGUUUGUGGCUGUGUUCUACUGGGUUCUUACACUCUUCUUCUUAAUCAUCUAUAUGACAAUGACGUACACUAGGAUUCCCCAAGUACCAUGGACCACAGUUGGUCUAUGUUUUAAUGGCAGUGCCUUUCUUUUGUACUUCAUUGCUGCCAUUGUAGAUGCAUGUGCAGUCACCAAAGAACUAGACAGCCAUAAUUACAACAGCUGGGCUGCUUCUUCAAUUACCUUAAACCAAGAAGUAGAUGAGGAAACUGAGCUGAAUGAAGAAGAGGUAAAUGCAGAAACCUUCAAAACAUUCUCACUGACUAAACCAUAUUUGGUCAUGUCAUCUGAACAUCUGAACAUGUCAUCUGAGUCAAGGAUUGGUAUUUUUGUUAAGGCUAAGUGCCAAGUAUAUGCUGAAAGCCUUCUGAUAUAAUGGUAUACACUAAUACUCCAAAAUAAACUUUAUUGAGCUCAGAGGGACUGACUCUACAACAAGGUAUAUUAUAUCAGCAUUUUUAAACUUGGUGCCUCCAGACGUAUUAGACUACCAGCAUUCCCAGUUAGAUGGUCCUGUUGGAUAGGAAUGGCAUGGUUCAUAAUUUUAACACAUCUGAAGGUUGGGGAAGGUUAGUGCAUAGUGCUGCCUUACUAAUGGGCAAUUUUUAUAUGUGAUUAUAAGAUUUACUGAAAAUAUGCUAUUGCUUUUGUAGCAGUAAGCAGUAAGAGGACAUUAAUGGAACUUAGCUUAUUCAUCUGAUUUCAGACGUUUUUAAUCAGUCUUCUCUCAGGAAAAGUAAAUCUUUAUCCAACACAGUGAAUAGAAUUUUAUAUACUGUAUUUUAAUAGAGUGUUUCAAUAGAGUAUUAUACAUGUUAUAAGAAAAUGUCUGCUUUUUAUUUUGUAAAUGUACUGUUCUAUCCCAGUAUUGUACUGUAUAUAUUUAUUCAAAAGUCUCACUUUGUUUAGUUUUAACUCGCAAGCAAAUCUGUGUAGAACUGCAGCUGUGAAACCUCUGAAUUAAAGUGCCACAGUUUCAAGAUUAACUGAUCUUACAUAGAUGAGAAUACUUUAAACUGGGUUAGACCUGCAUUAGGAAAGAAAUCUAAAUUAAACCUGCCAGUAUUAUUAUGCCUUUCUACAAAUCUAGAGCAACAUCACUUGAAAUACCCUGUGCAGGUCUGGAUGCUGCACAUCAUAAAGGACAUUGUAAGGGAACAAAGGAAAAGGAACAAAAGUGACAAAGAAAAUGAUGAGAAACUGGAGCAACUCACCAGAAGGAAAGGCUGCCAUACUUGGAUUCAUUUACUUUAAAGAAGGAAAACGAGAGAAGUAUAUAAAAUUAUGCAUAGCAUGGAAAAUGUGUACAGAGAGUUUAUUCCUCUGCCAUAAUGCGAAACCAGGGUCAUCCGGUGAAGCUGAAUUGUAGGAGAUUCAAGAGAGACAAAAAGAAGAGCUUCUUCACACAAUGCAUAGUUAUACUGAAUAAUUACGUGCUGCAAAAUGUGGUGCUGGGUAAAGUAUAUAGCUUUAAAAGAGGGAUAUAAAAAGGCUCUCAAGUGGCUACUAGUCAUAUAACUCCAUGCUACUUCCAGGAUCAGAGUCACAGGAACUUGGAAGGAGACCACAAGGACAGGUAGCAUAUUUCUGAGAAUAGCAGUCGCUGAGAAACAACAAUGGGAGCAUGCUCAUAUUACAGUCAUGUCAUUUUCGGAUUCACUGUAGGAAACAUGAAUCUGGACUAGACAGGGCUUGGGUUUCAUUUACUAGGUUUCUUACAUUCUUAAUUGCUGUUGAAAAGUGAGUCAUAACUUAGUCAUGAUGAAAAUCAAAGGGACCCUUUUACUAAUUAAGUGUGGAGCCAACCCAGUAUUUUUCAUAUGCAUCAGUGUUACACAUUUUGGACAAUUUCCUGCUUAAAACCAUUACAUACAGUCCUAAUAUUUUUGGAGUUCUGCAUUUUCUUUGAAACAUUUUAGUGCAUCUAAAUUAGCCUCAAAGAAAACAUUCAUUAUCUGGUUAUUCUAACAAACACAGUUCUGAAAACACUUAACACAAAUGACCUGCUUAAAAGUGUCAAAAGUCAACAUUAAGAAGCCAAUGAAUUAAAAUGAUUAGAAAUAGAAAUUUUAUAAGCUUUUAAUCAAGGUGAACCCUUUUUAAAUAUUAAUAUAGGCAGGCUAAUUAGCAUCCAUUACAUUUUGAGCUUUUAGAAGCAGUGGAAAUUAAGUUGGUUUAAAGAAAUGACUAAGCAACUGGCACACAUUGAGCAGGCCUAGCCAAAGAUUUUCCUGCCUGAGGCAAAGGAUGAGAUAGCACCUUACUUCACACAGACAGGCAGUUGAAUUAUACAGUACUUCAUUGAAGAAGAUGGGCUAUAUACUCAACCAUUUCUGGGAGUAGCAAGUUCAUGUGAGUAGGUGCAAAUAAGGCACCUCACUCUGAACACUUUGUCACUACCCCCAACUCCUGGACAUCUUUUGCUUCAUUCUGCUUAAUGCGGGGGCUGGUCCUGAUGUUAACCAAUUAUGCAAAGAAACAGAAGAAAAUUCUCAGGAACUUCAUUUAUAUUAUAUUAUAUAUACACACAUUUAAUCUAUUUCAGUAAUAACAUUUUUAAUGCUAACAUGAAAGUUAUUUAGUUAUCUAAUCAUGACACUGAUACUUACAUGACAGAAUAUAAGAUGUUAGAAGAAAAUGGUUUUAACUUCUUCUUAAGACAUUUAAAUCCAUUUAUUAAUAUCAACAUGACAACUUCUAGAUCAAUGGUUGCCAAAUUUUGGUCCUCCAGAUGUUUUGGACUUCAGCUCCCACAAUUCCUAACUGUUGGCCAACUUGGCUGGAGCUUUUGGGAGUUGAAGUCCCAAACGCCUGGAGGACUGAAGUUUAGCAACCACUGUUCUAGAAUGACCCAGUUUCCCAUUGAAACAAUGCCAUGGUUAGAUAUUUUGUACAAUACCGGAUUAAAAUUCUCUGUAAACCUGUUUCCAUGUACAUGACACUGAAAACAUUUUAAUUGUAAAUGUUGUGUUAUUUGACUUUCUAACUGCAAAAUGAUGGGACAUCCAAAAGAGGAGCAUAUUAGAUAUUGUGAUACCCUGUUUACUCUUGUUUUUAGGCUGGGUUCAUGUAGACCCCAUCAGAGGUUCUGUGAAAUAAAGGAAAAUGUGACUCUUUUGUACAGGAAUUAAAAAUAUCCAUAAUGUGUAUUUGUAUAGGCACCACCCUCUCCAAUGAACUUUUAAGACCACAUAGGAUACAAUGGUUAGCUUAUUAAUAUUGGGCUAAGCAGAUCCAGGUUGAAGUCUCAAACACCUGGAGGACUGAAGUUUAGCAACCACUGUUCUAGAAUGAUCUGGACCAGUCACUAUCUUUUGGUCUAACCUACCUCACAAAAUUGCUGAGUGUACCAUAUCUGUACAAUUUGGAGAAAGAACAGAAUAAAGAUGAAAUAAAAAUAUGUGUGAACUGAAAUGGAAAAAAAACAUGCACAUUUCAUAAAUUGAGCUCCAAAACUUAAAUAUUCUCUAUUGAGACAACAAUGUAUUACAAAAAAUAGAUAUUCUGAUGGGGUCAGUUAAUGCUUUGCAUUUCUCAAUUCCCCCCAUUAUCUUUGUGGUUUGAAGAAAAUUCUGAUUUUACAUAUUUGAAUCAAGUCACAGUUUCUGAUCGUUUAAUGUCUGUUAAUUUUAUCAGAUCACACAGUUUUGAAGGAAGGGGAGGUGAUUUAUAAGACAUAACAGGGUAGUCCUAAUCAGUGACAUUCCAGUGACUGAGAGACUCAUGAAUAGUAUUGCAUUAUUUUAUUUAUACCACAUCAUUUUCACCAAAGCUGGUAUUUCAGUUGUGUGAAGGGAAAUGCCAUAGCUUACUGUGUAAUGACCCAGUUUCCCAUUGAAACAAUGCCCAAGCAUCUUCCUCAGAAAGCUCCUUACCUGAAAUCUGGAGAUCCACUGCAUGUCUGUGUAGAGAAGACUAGGAUAUAUGAACUCAUGAUCUGAUUUUUGUACAAAACUGCUUCCUAGGUCAUAGAUGGGAAACAGGCUCUCUAGAAGUUGCUUUAAUCCAAAUCUCAGCAGUUUUAGAUAAACCAGGAGUUUAUCAAACGGGACAGGAGACUCUCAAUUUCGAAAGAGAAGAUAGCGAGGUCAAUUCGAAAAUUGAUGCAAUUGUGUAAUUACUUAUCACAAGCCAUCACAUCGGUGGGUUCAUAAUUGUGAACUGGCACCCUUGUACAUGCUCAGUGAGACUCCAGAUGACUGGAGCAUAGCAUAUUUAGGCAAGUGAGAGAGAGGAACCCCACAGUUUACAAAAGAAGUUGGGGGGGGG